AUGGCGACCUCCGACAAUGGAUCCCUGACAGCCUCAGCUCCGCGAGCCCAACUCGACUCGCACCAUCUUUUACAAUAUGGCCCUUCACCUCAAGCUCAGAGGCAGCCGUCUUCCUCCAGCGCUUCGUCGGGCGAAGCGGCGAUGAGAACGAAGAGAAGUUCCCAGACUCGGCCUGCCGCUUAUUCCUCCUCUUCGCAGAACACCCAAGGCUCCGGGAGUACUCAUGGGAAGAAUGUCGUCGCUCAAAGAGCUGUCAAAUCAAUUCCUCCCUGGGUAGCCUCAUACGAAGAGGAAGACGACGGCAAUCUGAAAGCCCCGGCUCAAAUGAUAUCAUCUCUCCCUAGAGCCCAUCCUGCGCAGCACCACUAUGCACCUGCACCAACCGUCGCCCGGCGAACAUCCCAGGAUGGCUUUGUCGAGACAGUAAAGGAGGGCUCAAAUGGGAAGAAGCCGGAGACAGGGUUCUUUGGGGGUCAUAGGGAACCUGUGAAAGGCCGGAAAUGGGACCAUAUCAGAGAUGCAGAGCCGGUGAUCAUGCAAGGAGGCGAUGUACCAACCGCCUCUCCUUGGGUACCCUUCAUCAGAUCGUCUAUGUAUGCUCCAGCACCAAACGAAGAUCGGAAAAUCGUUACCCCCGAGUUCCUCCAGCAGCAGACACCUGGAUACGAAAGACCAUGGCGAGGUGAUUUGGAGCAAGGUGAAGGUUCCGAAAAAUUCUCUGCACUCAUUUACAGUAAGAAGAAGCGGAAAAGCUUACUAGUGCGGUUCCAGCGUGCUCUUCUUUUGCACGCACUCGUACCUCUCGUUUUCCGAGUGACAGUUCUUACCACAUCCAUAGUCGCUCUGGCCAUUUCCUCUUCCGUCCACCAUCUUUCCAACAAAUAUACCUAUGCUCAGAACGCUUCCACAACCAUGGCGAUCGUGGUCGACGUGGUUGCAAUUCCAUAUAUCUUGUACAUCACUUACGACGAAUACACUGGGAAGCCUUUAGGCCUGCGAUCUCCCAAGGCCAAAAUUCGACUUGUUCUUCUAGAUCUCUUUUUCAUAAUAUUCGAAUCUGCAAACUUGGCUCUUUCAUUUACAGCAUUAACAGACCGCUCUGGGGCAUGCAGGGUAGGGCCUGAUACCGAUACCAAUAGCAUUGUCUGUGGGAGGGUCAAAGCACUCUGUGCAAUUCUAAUGAUAGCCUUAAUCGCUUGGAGUCUGACAUUCGCCGUUAGCAUAUUCAGACUAGUUGAAAGAGUUGGGGGUAGAGAGGAGGCAGACUGA